UCACACUCAGCAGCACAGUUCCUGGUUCGUCCGGCGUAGUGUUCAACGGUAGAAGCAGUGGUAGCAGGGCCCUCCCCUCUGUCUCUGCAGAUAAGUACUCGCAGCCUGCCUAUUUCCAGGCAUGGACAACAGUUGCACUGCGACAUGGCACUGCGACAUUACACUCUCGACUUCAAGCUCUCUGCGGCAGUUGACUCUUCCUCGACAGUUCCUGAGCUACUGUCCAUAUUUCACGAGCAGCAAAUGACAGAGACUGUCCAUGAAACAAAUGGCCAUGGAUACCUGGGUACUUUUGUAGGCAAGAAUGGCUGGCUUGCCAUUUUGCGUGUGCCCUCCCAUGGGCUGGUCACCGUUGAUCUGCAGUGUUAUGAGGAGGAGGACGUUGCACAAGUAGACAAUCUUUUAAAUGCACUGGAAUCGAAGCUAAAGGUUAUCUUGGAUGGCAAUAUAACCCGGAUUAAAAGGCUCCCAGCCCUCAUACGAGGAGCAGAGGUUGACCGAUACUGGCCCACAACUGACGGCAGACUGGUUGAGUAUGACAUGGACCAGUUGGUGUAUGAGGAAGAUUCUGCAUUCCAAAACAUAAAGAUACUGCACUCACAGCAGUAUGGAAACGCCCUAAUACUCGACAACGACUUAAACCUGGCAGAGAGUGACUUGGCCUACACCCUCGCCAUCAUGGGGAGCGGAAGAGAGAAUUAUACUGGAAAGGAGGUGCUGAUAUUAGGAGGAGGUGACGGAGGCAUCCUUUUUGAGAUGGCCAAACAAAAGCCAAAGAUGGUCACCAUGUUGGAUAUUGACCAGAAGGUGAUCGACGCAUGCAAAAAGUACAUGAGAGGAACUUGUGGCAAUAUUCUCGACAACCUGGAGGGAGACUGUUACCAAAUACUAGUAGAGGACUGCGUCCCAGUGCUGAAGAAGUAUGUCCAGGAAGGGAAGACGUUUGAUUACGUAAUUAAUGACCUGACUGCAAUCCCAAUAUCCAUGGAGCCAGAAGAAGACUCUACAUGGGAGUUCCUGCGUCUCAUCUUAGACCUGUCCAUAAAGGUCCUGCAUCCCUCGGGGAAAUAUUUAACACAGGGUAACGCCGAGAACAUGACGGAGUCCCUGCGUCUGUACGAGGAACAGCUCGGGAAGCUCUCGUGUCCCGUGGGCUUCUCCAAAGAGGUGGUGUGUGUGCCCUCCUACAUGGAGCAAUGGGUUUUCUACUCCGUGUGGAAGAAGUGAAGACCUCAACAGUUCUCUGCUUGAAUCCCCAACAACUGGAAUGUGAACGCUCGUCUUAUGUCUGCUGUAGCCUCAGACGUGUGUUCAGACUGAAUUAGAGGCAACAUAAAGUUUGGCUUUGCAAUUGGCUGUUUUUGAUUAACAAGCAUGGAUUCUCCAGCAGACAAGUUAGUGUGAAUAAAUCAAGAUGAAAAUUAACUUUGCAUUCAGUCUGACCACAUCUCAAAGGGUACAAUAGCGCCCCACACACACACACACACACCUCUUUUAACCCCGUUCCACCCUGACUUCCUGUUUUAGUUGUGUUUUACUGUUGUGUGCUGGCUACAACUUUUCAGUUGUGUUUUGUUUGUUUAUCUUGGUUUGGAAUACAUUUGCAUGUACUCUGAAGAAGCUGUUAGAUGUUUGAACAGUGAUUUGAUACACUGAUAAUGUGGUGUAGCUCAUCUUGCAGCAGGUGUGUGCUCUCUCCUUUUUCCUUAGGUUUUUUAAGGUUGUGAGCUCAGGUCGUGUGAUAGACCAAUGUUUAGGUCUCAGCACAGCUGAACUGAGUCGCUUUUAAGCUCUGUUUUUGUUACUGAACUCUCAAAUGUGAUUUGGUUUUUCAGAUUGUAUCAACGCAAUGUGAUCACAUCGAUUUAAGACUGUGUUUGAGUCCAAAUAUGUUUUAAAAGGGAAACGAUUCCACCACUUUAAUGCCACGUCUGUGCUUGUGCUGUUUUUACGUCAUGUUUUAUUAGCACCUUUGAGUUAUUUAAGGCUGAAUAUGGUGCAUGAAAAGGAUGGUGAAUGUAGCUUGCAUAUACAGUACACAUCACGUUUACACGUGAUCAACCCUGUGAGACUCGGUUACAUUUAUUUAUUCAAUAUAAUUUCACCAAAAGCUGUUCUGUCCCACUUGAGAUACUUUCUGUGACCUCUACAAUUAAAAGUGUUUUUCGGG